CCGUGGGUUUCAUUUCUCGCCAAGUACAGACAGAAGAAGUACAAGUGUCCCAGGAAUUUUUCAUUCUAAGAAUCGGACAUUUGAAGUGCUCGUUCAAAGAUGGCUGUAUUUUCUAAUAUGUUUGAGGAGAACAUUCGUGAUUAUAUUAACACUAUUGAUGAGUUGAGGUCAAUGAGUAUAGAUAAAGACUUUUCUCUCCCCACCAUUACUGUGAUUGGAGACCAGAGCUCAGGGAAAAGUUCUGUCCUGGAGAUGUUGUCUGACGUGGCCCUUCCCCGAGGCAAAGGUAUUGUGACAAGAUGUCCUCUGGAGUUGAAGCUGAAGAAGGCUGCAGGUGAUAAACCUUGGAAAGGAGAAAUACGUUAUAGAGAGUAUGUCAAAUCACUGGAUCGUGCAAAUCAGGUGGAAGAUGAAAUUCUUCAAGCCCAGGACGUGCUGACUGAAAACACACCCAUAAGUUCCGAACUCAUCAGUUUAACAGUUGAAUCGAACAAUGCUCCGGAUCUAACAUUAAUUGAUUUGCCUGGAAUUGCCAGGGUUCCUGUUGGGAAUCAACCUCAAGAUAUUGGCAAAAUGAUCAAAAAACUCAUCAAAAGCUAUAUUCAAAGAAAGGAAACCAUCAUUUUGGUUGUCAUCCCUUGCACCGUGGACAUUGUAACCACUGAAGCUUUGAAGAUGGCACAUGAGUUUGAUUCAGAAGGGGAAAGGACACUGGGUAUUUUAACAAAACCAGACUUGAUUGACAAAGGUACAGAAGAAGAGAUUAUCAAAAUACUUGACAAUAAUGUUGUCCCUCUGAAGAAGGGUUACAUUCUUGUCAAGUGUCGUGGGCAGAGUGAACUGAAUGCAAAUACAACAAUGUCCACUGCAUUGGAGGAAGAAAUCGCAUUUUUACAGAACAGCUCAACUUUCCGACCACUGCUGGACAAAGGCAUUGCAUCCUUUGAACAUCUGUCUGAAAAACUCACCAGUGAACUCAUUCAUAAAAUCAAGGCCUGGCUGCCAAUCAUGGAGGAAGCUCUUCGAGAGAAAGUCAUUCAAGUCAAAGAUAAAUUACAUGAACUCGGUGGCAAUAUUCCACAGGAAGCUGGGGCGAGAAAGUGUUUACUGAACAAUAAAAUUCUGAACUACUGUGAAGAAAUCAAUAAUUUAAUCAUGGGAGAUUACAAAAAGGACUAUGACAAUGAGAAGAAGAUAUGUGACUUUUCUCGCAGGGUAUUUUCGGAGUGGUACAACAAGCUAGAGAUUGAGAAAGCUAGACUUAAUGAAGAAGCUCUCUCAAAGGUCAGGUUCCAUGAUAUAAACUCUCAAGGGAGAGAGUUGCCUGGAUUCACAAAAUACCGAGUAUUUGAAUCUGUUAUUCGAGAACAGAUCGGCAAGUUACUGGGGCCCUCUCUCCAAUUGGUGAAAGAACUGGCAGAUAAAACCCAGCAAGUGUUUAACACAAUGGGAGUUGAACAUUUUAUGCUUUUUCCAAAUCUAAUACAAGCAACCAAGGAGCUAAUUGCUGAAAUCCGACACAAACAGGAACAGGAUGCAGAACAGAUGUUGAGGAUGUAUUUCAACAUGGAGGGCAUGGUCUAUGCACCAGAUGCGAUGUAUUGCUCUAAACUGACAGAGAUUCAAUCAAGACCUGAGAAAGGCAGUCACAGGGAGCUCAGCUCCCCAAAACAUAAUUCAAGCCAUGAAAUGGCAGCUCAUUUACAAGCCUAUUAUCAAAUUGCCAUCGAUCGAUUGGUUCAAAUGAUACCCUUGGUUUCCAGAUAUCAUCUUCUGCAAGAAUUUGCACAAUCUCUCAAGCUGCAAAUGACUCAAAAAUUUCUCAAUGAAGCAGAUACUGAAGGCCUGCUGGUUGAGUGUCCCGAGAUUGCAAACAAACGGAAAAGAUUGACCAACUCCCUGAAGCAGCUAGACAAAGCAAGGGCUCUUUUGAUGUCUAAAUAAAUCAACAAAAUUCAGUGACAUGGGAACCUCUUUUAUCUUGAAAGUUUUCCUUACUUUUAACCCCUUUGCAUUCUCACCCUUGACUCCUCAUUGGGUUCCACUUUACAAGCACCAAUCAUAGGCCCUUUCAUAAAUGAUAGAUUAACACUGAGCGGAAGGCGGAUUCUGUGCGGGAGUGGGAUGCCUUGAUUUGCCUCCCGUGCUGCUCAUGAUGCCCGGGGCAAUUGCAUCCACUGGCACACGCUGGUCAGUAAGUGCAGUUCAUCUGCAAUUAAGCAAACUACACCAAAAGGUUGUGGAACAUUGAGCCCAAAUUUCAGUCAAUGUAAGUCAUGUACCCAUUACUUUUUCACUUGUUUAAAGAAACACAACUUUACAAACCAGCGCUGCCAACAGGGCUAGUGACUAAUUAAUCACAAUUAUGAGAUUCCACCAUUUGUUUUCAUUUUCAGACCUUUAAGGAAACUCUUAACAUUCAGUUGUUUUCUUUUUCUGGGUGAAACAAGUUUAAUGGCAUGUUUUUUUUUUAAAAAUGACUUCCUUUUGCACCCACUAGUAAACAGAGUAUUGAACACCAAAAUAACGGCAAAUUGUUCUGUAAGGUUUUCUCAAGUCACUUCAAUGAUUUGAAAUUUUUCUUUUUGUGAUAAUUAAACUGCACCAGGUUACUGCUAUAAACGGCAUCAGGGGAUAAUUUUAAAACAAUCUUUAAAUGAUGCUGAUUGUACUGCUUCAGGGCAGGUUAUAUGUACAAUGGGAUACAAAUGAGUUGGAAACUCAUGAAGAUCCUUUCCCAAGACCAGCACACAGCUCUUUGACCAUCAUUUCUGCCCAAACCGAUGACUGCACCCAAAGCUGAAACUUGAGUGUUCACAUCCUUGUACUAAAGGAUUAGAAUAACAACUGUUAUCAUGGAAUUGUAAUACAAUGCAGAAACCACUUCUGUCAUGGUAAUGACUUCCCUCCAGAUUUAUUGCUUUGAUUUCAAUCUUCACACAGACUAAGCUCCUGAUAGUAAGGUGAUGUAUUAUCCAAUGCCAUACCCCCUUGCACAGCAAAGAUUGAAUUUCAAAAGUCCUUCAUAGUCUAUGAAAUAUUUUGGGACAUUUGAGAUCAAGAAGGUGCUACACGAAUGUAUACUUUCCUUUCUGGUUUUCUUUGUUUUUUGAGAUUAGAAUUUACCGAAUUGACUUAGAAUUGAUUGGCAAUUUGUGCAAUGGAUGAACUCAUACUAAA